CAGAUGUUGGCGGGUUGAACAGAGAAAGAGAAGAAGAAGAAGAAGAAGAAGGUGGCGGAGGUCUGCUCUUCAAACUCAAGCACUUGACGCGAUUAUUAAAAGCACUUGCAAUUCCUGCGAAAAUGGCAAGCACUGGAGAAAUACAGAUCAAGGAGCUGAACAAGCGGGCAUCAGGCCAAGCCUUUGAGGUCAUCCUGAGCCCCUCAACCCCAGAUGCUAAGGGGGAGUUUCCAUUGUCUCCCAUUAAGAAAAAGGAAAUGUCACUGGAUGAGAUUAAGAGAAAACUCGAGGCUGCUGAAGAACGACGCAAGAGCCACGAGGCAGAAAUGCUGAAAAGUCUUGCCGAGAAGCGAGAGCACGAGAAGGAGGUGAUGCAGAAGGCCAUAGAGGAGAACUGCAACUUCAUGAAGUCGGCGCAGGAGAAGCUCAAUCAGAAGAUGGAGGCGAACAAAGAAAACCACACGGCACGGAUGGCGGCUCUCAGUGAGAAGUUCAAGGAGAAGGACAAGAAGCUUGAGGAAGUGAGGAAGAACAAGGAGGCGAUGAAAGAAACGCAGAAUUAAUUUGUUAAUAAUCUGCCGAGCAGUCUUUACAUCUCCAAAGAUAAGCUGUAUUUUUGUAACUGAAUUCUUCUGCAGUUCUUUGAUGCAUUAGUUCUGAAUAUGCUGGUAAAUCAAAGCUCGUUAUACUUGUUAGAUUUCUCUCGGAUGUAGUGUGACUUUUCUAUAUACUGUAGUUUUCUCUUUGGCAGCUCAGUACACUGUAUUUUCUUUAAGAGGCAUUUGCUUGUAAUAAAUUGGUCCCCAAACUACUUAAUGCUGGAUUACAUCAUGUGCUGUUGUAAACUGAAUGCUGUAACUUUGAACCAAUUGUAUGAUGCAGUACCAGGAAUUUUCCAAUAAAGUUUUUUUUAUAUGCAGUUUCAUA